AUGGUAGGGCCGAAGUAUGAGAAGGCGCGCCUCCCCACUUCAUGUUUGACUCUAGGAAAGUGCAACAACUUGUCCUGCCUCGUGCUGCGGACAGAGACAUCUCGACGAGAGAGAAGUCUCUCACACAGAGCUAUAUCAGCACUCAGUCGUGGCUAUGUCACUAUGUUGCUGAGACUACUGUUGUGCCUUAUGCUGAGCCGUUGUUGCUUUAGCACUUUCCAUCAUCUCGUACAGGAUGCUGAGGAGGACCAUCUCCUGGCCAGUGUUUACGAUGCUGAGCAUGCUGCGGUGUUGGAUGAUAUCUGGGAUGACUUCAAGAAUAUGUUCAACAAAACAUACUCUUCGCGGUCUGAGCCUCUAAGGAGACUGGCUUGGGAAGAGAACUUACUGAAGGUCCACCUGCAUAAUGAAGAGGCUGCUAGAGGAAUGCACAACUACACCUUGAGAGAAAACCACUUGGCCGAUCUGACUUUAGAGGACUACAUCAGAGAGAUGGUGAGACUAACACUCAGUCGACGGAGGAAAUGCGAUGAUUCUGACAUUCUAAUGGCUGCCAACCCAAUGGCCAUACCUGAAGAGCUGGACUGGAGACUGAAAGGAUUCAUUACUCCUCCCAUGAACCAAGAGGACUGCGGUGCUUGCUACGCCUUCAGUAUCGGAACCUUGAUUCAGGCUCAGAUAUUCAAAUAUACUGGAAAACUAAUUCCUUUGAGUGAGCAGCAAAUAGUGGAUUGUUCUGUUCGCACUGGGAAUCUUGGUUGUAGAGGAGGAUCUCUACGCAACACGAUGCGUUACGUCAAGGAACACGGACUUAUGAAGUAUGACGAUUACCCUUAUAUAUCACAGCAAAAAUCUUGCAAGUACAGUCCAAGUCUUGCACUCGUUAACAUCACAGACUGGCGGACUUUGCCUCCGAAGGACGAAGAGGCGCUCAAGGUGGCAGUGGCAACUAUCGGACCAGUGGCUGUCUCAGUCAACGCUAGCCCACACACCUUCAUGCUCUACCACAGCGGCAUAUAUCACGAUCCCGAGUGUUCCUCCGAUGCAUUGAACCACGCCAUGCUGCUGGUCGGCUACACUCCACAGUAUUGGAUACUGAAGAACUGGUGGAGUGAGCACUGGGGAAUGGAAGGUUACAUGUACUUGGAGCGAGGGACCAACCGAUGCGGAGUCGCUAACUUUGCUGCCUACGCUGUUAUCUGACAGAUCAAACAAUGGCUCAUCUACAACUACUGUACCUGUAACCUGAUUUAUGAUAAUAUUUAACUUAUAAAAGCACAAAUUCACUAUAUGAAACUUUAUAAUGAAAAAUUUUGUUGCUAAUCUACAUAGUAAAUAUUUUUAUAGAAUUGUUUAAGUUUUGUUUUAAAGUUGCCUUAUUGUUUGGGAGUUGCCUUAAAGUUGUGUUGUUGGGAUGGAAGCCCAACUGUCACUUGGGACAGAGAUACAAAAAUACGAGUAUGUCUUUAUGCAGAUGACACAGGUGUGGUUGUCUCUGCUGACACUGAAAAUAAUAUUGAAAUAUCAUCCCAUAUUGGCUUAUCAUUAUUUAAAGACUUUUUAGAUAGCAGAAAUGUCCUUCUAAAUUCAGAAAAAUCCAAUUUUGUAUCAUUUUCAACAAAACAAACUAGGAACAAAAUAAAGCCUACAAUAUUUGUUGAUAUCAUGUAUUGACCCAAUUAGACCACUCAAAAUAUUUAGGUUUAA